AUGAAUCUGGAUGAGAAAAACAAACUUCGAGCUCAAGUGGCAAGAGAUUUCGAUGAGGUGAGGAACCUGGCGUCAUGGGCGAUUCGCAUUUCAACGAAUUGCCGACCGUUCCCGCUAACGGCGCUUCACAAGACAAAAAAAGGAGAAAACAGCUGGGUCCACACCUCGUAAGGAUAACACUGGUUUGAUUAUCCUCAAAUUCGCGAACCAAUACUUUCAAGCUGAGUACUAGACGAGGUCUUUCUGCUUUCUUGAUGAAAGCGUUUCAGUGGAACUGCGAGAUGAAACUUCUGCUCAAAAAGCAAAUGAUGCCGAAAGUAAUACAAAGAUUACGUAAUUUUCCAAUCGAACGUCGUAGAACAUUGUGAUGCGCCUCACAAUGAAGACAAGCUUUCGGGAAUAGAAGCACUUUGAAAGAAAUUAGACGCUUUGUCCCGGAAGACCACACUUUCUGAUACUCCUACUGUUUACAGUUGUAAAACUUAACAACAUGUUCAGCGAGGCAAAAUGAGGAAGCUCAGCACUCUUGUAACCAAGAGUAUGCGACAACUUUUGAAUGGAACAUAAACUUACUCAUUCGUGCUAGUUUUCGAAUUUUUUUUUGACAGUUUGUUUGUGAAAAUCAGGUUAUAGAAUAGAUACAUUUGGAUCUGAAAAAAUCUACGCCGUGGACUCUCUGAAACUAUAAAAAAAAAUCAUAAUUUUGGAUUGCAGGACUGAGAGAAAAACGACAAUGAAGUUACGAAUAAACCACCGUUAAAUCUUAAAGCCAACUGCAACACAUCUUUGCUCGGGGACGACACUUUGCAGACCACAUUAAUUUUGAACAAGUUCAGGGAGAAGGUGUUAGUAGUUCGAAAGGAAAAAGAGACCUAGGUGCAAAGUCCUGGAGAGUUACAGUAAGGCGGAGUGGAGCCUGAAACGUCACCGGAAGCGGUCCUUCCUAGGCACCGCCCUACGCCUGUGCCUAUAUAACCGCCGACGCUGGCUGACGCCGAACACUCAGCGCAGCCCAGCGCCCACACCUACACACAACAUGAUUCUGUCUCUCCUUAUCUUCUCCGCAUCCGUGCUAGGUAACAGACAGCGCGAGUCGCUAAACCGUCUCUUCUUUUUCAGCCGUUUCCGCCAGUCCCUGUCCCGACUCCAGUUGGCGAUACUUCCCUACCACCAACUCUUGCUACAAGCUCAUCUCGUGAGUUGACCAUUUCGCUGGAGAGCUUUCAUUUUUACUGAAAGAUAAAAUUACAGAGAAAACUUGCCAUGGACUAUCGCCGAAUUCAAAUGUCUGUUCCAAGGCGCUCACCACGUGUCGAUCGAAAGUCAGGAAGAAAACCAAUUUGUACAUGGUGGGUACUUCUGUUACUGAAUUCUGACUCAAGAGUCACAAACUUUCAGAAGUGGCCAAGCACGGCGAGAUAUGGACGGGUGCCGCCUUUUUCGGCAAGAGCAACGUUUACGUUAACGCCGACGGAUCACAGUAUGGAAGGUUCACGAACUGGAAGGACGGUAAGUGGCGUCACGCUCAAACGCCUUAAUUGGCGGCGUCUGCGAUUUGUGAGGAAACGAACGGCGUUCUUUUGCAGACCGCACGCCAUCGAUGAACCGCGCUCGUCGCUGCAUCAAGAUGGAUGCUGACGGAGAUUGGUUCCAGUCGUGCUGCAAGAAGAAGACGUUCACCGUUUGCGAAAAGGUGAGCUCAACCGUGAAUCAAACUCUCAGGACAAUAUUUAAUAUUGCAGAAAGCCGCCUACAGGCCUAGCGAGGACUUCGAAUCGUCUUCCGAUGAGACGAACAACAUCGCACGGCGAUCUCGCGCUCGCUUCGCUCGGCACACCGUCGUUUGA